GUAGAACAACAAUGUCCUUUUGCUAUCGACAGAUUUAUCCUGGUCAGCUGUGAGGUAGCAGACACGCACAUGUGACAUGUGCAGACAUGCUGCGCUCUCUCAAAGUGUCCCUGAAGUUUCGCCUACGGGCCCAACGACUCCCCAGCACGCUCUACUCAUCCAUCAGACAGCCUGAGAACACAUCCGCCGUCGAUGCGCUUUACAACCUGUCGGUCGACAUCACAAAGAUCCGAAAGCUCAAGGGCUGGGUGUUGUACCGGAGCCCGGUUUUUGUGAUGGAAACUGUGACGAUGCUGAAAACCUUGGGGGCCAGUAACCAACUGAUAGCACAAGUCCUUGAGCAGCACCCAGAAGCGAUCCUCUGUCCUCCUGAACAUCUGGAGGCUCAAAAGGAACUUUGGAUGUCCAUCUGCACCAGCCACAGCCAUCUAGUUAGGAUCAUUGAAAAAUUCCCAGCCUCAUUUUUUACCUCAUCAUGUCAUAUAGACCACCAAAAGGACAACAUCACAUUCUUUCAAAACCUGGGCCUUAAUAAACGUGUGAUUGCUAAGCUUAUGGCGAGCUCCCCAGAGAACUUCAUAAAACCUGUUGAGCAGAAUGAGGAGAUGGUCCAUGCGCUUCAGAAGACAUACUUGGAACUAGGUGGAAAUGAGACCAAUAUGAAAGUCUGGCUGCAAAAGCUUCUCAGUCAGAACCCGAACGUUCUCAUGAAUGCUCCAAAAGCCAUGAGGGAUAACAUUAAGUUCUUGCAAGAGCAAGGCUUUGCCAAUAAUGAGCUCCUCCAGCUUCUGUCUAAACUUAAAGGUUUUGUUACAGAGCUUCACCCUGAAUCAAUGGGACAUUCUCUGAGAUACUCACAGGAAACGUUGGCCUGCAAUGAUGCUGAAAUUCGACAAAUCGUCCUGCAGUGCCCAGCACUGUUGUACUACUCGGUACCUGUAUUAACAGACAGAUUUAAAUGCCUAUUCAGUGCUGGGAUCAGCCUGCAGCAGAUCAUGCAGAUUCCAACAGUCCUGGAACUGACCACCCAGAUUGUUCAGUAUCGCAUUCAAAAGCUGCGUUCUUAUGGGUACGAUAUUACAACAGGGAGCCUGGAGCUUCUUAACGGCACUAAGAAAGACUUCGAAAUGAGCUGUGGAAAAUUGCUUCUGAGGCGAGAGCGUCCACUUUUUAACCCAGUUGCACCUCUAAGGACAGACGAGUGAGAUUUCCUGCCGUAAAAAGGUGCUGUAAGCCUUCAGUGGGCACAAUUGCAAGGUUUAUUUGCUGUUUAUUAUUUCGCAUAUGGUGCUGAACAACACAGCUAAAUACACACAUGAAGAUACAGACAGAAAUGCACAGAGUAAAUACAGAGAUUGUAAUGAAAUAUUUAUGACGCCUAACAUCUGUGUGUUCUUAAAAAAAAAAAAUUGUACAAAAGCAUUAAAUGGCCCUUUGUGUCAUGGGAAGGUAGAGUCUGAUUUGAAAGCUGCUGUGAUGUUAAAGUUGUGUUGCAGUUUAAUGAUAAACCUGCACUAGCUUUGUUAACAAAGCAAUUGUUGUAGUCAACGAUAUAUUGUAUAAUGUCAUAAUAGUAAGACUCACUCUGUAAUUUUGGCUGUCUGGUGUAAAUGGUCUAACAAAGUUAAAUUCUACUUGUCUAUAAAAAAAACAAAAAAGUACAUUAUUAUGUAAUCAUAGUAAUCAUUAUUAUUACUAUAAUUAUCAUUAUGUAUUUGGCAUACACAUUAAGAAGUUAAUAUUUUCUUGUAAGGAGAGUUUAGUUGUAAAUAGUAGGACAAAGGCUGGGGUUUAUAUGUUCUAGCCCAGACUGUAUAUUCUGACACUGUUCAUCAUGUCAAGUUAUUCCACUUGGAGACAUGUCCCAUAGAUUUCACGCCCAAUUUGUAAGCCUACUAAUUUUUUUGCCCCGACUUGUAUUUAGAAGUGAUUGAGAAGGUUUAUGUGAAAGUCAAAGAAAGAGAUGAAUUACCAUCUCUUGUUUAAAACUAAGUAAACAUUUAAUUGAAGUACAAAUUACACAAAGGGAAAACUGAAAAAACUGACUUUGUUGACAAAGUUUCAUCUUUCUAAUUUAACAUGCUUGCUAUUUGGAUGAAAUAUGGCAUGAUUACAGAUUUAAAACACUUGGCAUAAAAAUAAUAAUCACUUAUGAAUGGUAUUGGUUUGUCUUUUAAUAAGUAUUGGCUUCAUGUGUGCAUGCAUAGUAAUUAGACCUUGUGCUCCAAGCCUUAGCUGAAUUACUCAUAGGAAUUACUGAUACCUAGUUUACUAGGUUUUACCUCCAGUGACCAAGCAUCACUGGGUGUAACACACACUGUAUUUUUUCAGUUUAUCCAUCUCAUAAUUUUGCUGAUGCAAAUCUGCACCAGCAUCAUGAUUUAAAAAAAAGAAAGAAAAAUAUAGUUAGUAAAAUGAAACAAUUGAUUUGCUUGUUUGAUUGUUUUACAAAAUCAUUGAAGCUCAAAAUGCUGAUGACUUGCAAAUAGAACUGCUCAUUUAUUGAUCCUUUCAGAUACUCUAAGUCUCCAUGCUUUAUCCUUUCUCAGCCCAUGCUGCUAUAGUAAAUGUCUUUGGACUUCUUCCUGACUAAUGACAGAGAAUUAUAUCCAAAAGCACAUGAGGUUAAUAAGACGAGUUAUAAAUAGUUCUUUUUCAUUUAAAACAUGACACGAGGUAUUAUUAACAAAUGUUACACAUUGGAUUUAGGGGGCAUAACUCAAGGAAAAUACAGACACGGAUGACACAUGCAAUUAAAAUCUCUCAUUUCCUGCCCCGGCCACAGAAUGGUGGAAUAUUAUUAAGGUGGUAAAUAUUCCAUGUGUGUGGUCAGUUAGUUCAGGCAUGGAUGAUGACAGUGGUAUGAUCAGUGCUUAGCGUCUCU